UACACACGUACACACGUAUAUGCUCAGACUUGAUUUGUAACAGCAUUCUUUGCUUCUUACUGUUUUAAUAAAUAAAGAGCGAAGGACCUUUCUUUAGAGUUUCAUUAAGUUAGGGCAUGACCAGAUGUUGGAACUUGUGCUUGUUUGAGUGGUGACAUUUUAUAUGUACCGGGCAUGUUAGAAUUUUACACUUCAUUAAGCUUGGAACACUUAGAAUGUGGCAUGGUUAGCUGCUGUCCCUUCAGGAAGUUUUGCGUGAGAAGCUAAUGUGAAUGCUUCAGAGGCCAGGAGAAGACUGGCAGAAUCCCUGGUAGCCUUUGUAAGUCUCAGUCAUAUAUUCUGGAGCAAAACUGUUUCUCAAUUGAUAAGUAGAAAUAUUCCUUCGUGAAGUGCUGGUGGGUUAUAGAUCAUUAAUAUAUCUAAACGGUUGUAUGGUGUUUUGCAGCUUAUGCAAGUAGGAAUACCAAAGAAAGAGCUUGGAACUUAAUUUUUUAAUAUGUUAAUAAAUUACAAAAAUUGUAAAUUAGGAAACUAAAUGGGAAAAUUAUUUUAAAAGUAAUCCCUCCAAGUAUCGUUAACUUAAACUAGCAACUCUUGCUUCUUUAUCGAGAGAUCUAGAAUUCUAGUUAAAUGAUGUAGUACUUUAGGCUUUUUGUCGAAUUUGAUUUUGGAAUGUUGGGGCUAAUUCAUACCUGUGGUAGAAAGAGGUUCUGUAGGCAAUCACUUGAAUAAACAUCAGUGUGUGUGUGUGUGUGUGUGUGUGUGUGUGUGUGUGUGUGCAUGUGCAAUUUCUAAUUAUAAGUACACAACACCUCAGUUGAAUAUUUCUCUAUACAAUAUGGAGUCUGCAUCCAAAUCCAGAAUUCUUAAUAUUUUUGAGAGGAAGGGAGACACAGAGAGAGGGAGAAACAGAGACACAGAAAGACAGAGAGAUAUAUAGUGAAUAAGACUCUCUUGCUUCAGAAAUCGGAAGGUGCCACGGAUCUGACGGCACAUACUGCGUUUCUGCAUUUCAAACGUGUUAACAGAAUUAUGAAAAGAUAAUUGGUCCUCCUCCCACCUCGCUAGUUUCCUUGCACUCUGGUCCGCGUUCAGAAACAGAAGAGGGCAUGAUUAACAAUGGUACGCUGCCAUCUCAGACUUCCUCCACCUUUGCCUUAUUCCUGUACAGUCACUAGAGGGUAGGAGAACAUCAUUUCUCACCGGAGAAGGGAGUCCACUCUCGCUCUCUGUAUUAGGAGUUGCCGUAACCACCCGGAGCAGUAAAGUUUCCCAGAAUGCCUUGGUGAAGCCUGACAAAGCAGUAUUUUCUCCUUUAUUGAUUCGGCUACUGCACUAAAACACCGUCCUCCUUGAUCCGCAACUUACGCCUCUCGGAGUCCCUGCGGAAGAACCAGCUCUGGAAUGGGAUUAUAAGCAUAACUCUGUUGGAAGGGAAGAAUGUCUCAGGAGGCAACAUGACAGAGAUGUUUGUCCAGUUAAAACUGGGAGAACAGAGGUACAAAAGCAAGACACUGUGUAAGAGUGAAAAUCCGCAGUGGCAGGAACAGUUUGACUUUCACUACUUCUCUGACAGGAUGGGCAUUUUGGACAUUGAAGUGUGGGGAAAGGACAACAAAAAGCAUGAGGAGCGACUGGGCACGUGUAAAGUAGACAUCUCAGCGCUCCCACUGAAGCAAGACAACUGCCUGGAGCUACCUCUGGAGAGCUGCCAGGGGGCUCUCCUCAUGCUGAUCACCCUGACCCCCUGUACUGCAGUCUCCAUCUCUGAUCUCUGUGUCUGCCCUUUAGAGGACCCCAGUGAAAGACAGCUGAUUUCCCAGCGAUACGCCUUACAGAACUCUCUGAAGGAUGUGAAAGACGUUGGUAUUCUCCAGGUGAAAGUUCUGAAGGCCGCAGACCUCCUGGCAGCUGACUUCUCAGGGAAGAGCGAUCCUUUCUGCCUAUUGGAGUUGGGCAAUGACCGACUUCAGACACAUACCAUUUACAAAAACCUCAAUCCUGAGUGGAACAAAGUUUUUACAUUCCCUAUUAAAGAUAUCCAUGAUGUGUUGGAAGUGACAGUGUUUGAUGAGGACGGAGACAAGGCCCCGGACUUUCUUGGGAAAGUUGCCAUCCCCUUGCUGUCUAUUAGAGAUGGACAACCUAAUUGCUACGUGUUAAAGAAUAAAGAUUUAGAGCAAGCAUUCAAGGGGCUCAUUUACUUAGAGUUGGACCUCAUCUAUAAUCCGGUCAAAGCAAGUAUCAGGACCUUCAGUCCAAGAGAAAAACGGUUUGUGGAAGACAGCCGCAAGCUGUCCAAAAAGAUAUUAUCGAGAGAUGUAGACCGUGUAAAAAGACUCACUAUGGCCAUAUGGAACACAAUACAGUUCUUCAAAAGCUGCUUCCAAUGGGAGUCUACAUUAAGGAGUACAGUAGCAUUUGUGGUGUUUUUGGUCACCGUCUGGAAUUUUGAACUCUACAUGAUCCCUCUGGCAAUGUUGCUACUCUUUCUGUACAACUUCCUUAGACCCAUGAAAGGGAAAGCCAGCAGCACCCAGGACAGCCAGGAUAGCACAGACAUAGAGGAGGAAGAGAAAGAGGAAGAGAAGGAGUCUGAGAAAAAGGGAAUAAUUGAGAGAAUCUAUAUGGUCCAGGAUAUUGUUUCCACUGUCCAGAACAUCUUGGAGGAAGUCGCUUCUUUUGGAGAAAGGAUUAAGAACACAUUUAACUGGACAGUGCCCUUCCUUUCGCUGCUGGCCUGUUUGAUUCUGGCCAUAGCCACGGUCGUUUUGUAUUUCAUUCCUCUACGGUAUAUCAUUCUACUCUGGGGCAUCAAUAAAUUUACUAAGAAGCUUCGAAAUCCUUAUUCCAUCGACAAUAAUGAGCUCCUCGACUUUCUCUCCAGGGUGCCCUCUGACAUUCAGAAGGUGCAGUAUGCAGAGCUGAAACUCUGUGGCAGCCACAGCCCACUUCGGAAGAAGAGGAGCACUGUCUAGGGUUCACACAGACUGCAAACUCCAGCAUCCAAUGUGCAGCCAGUCAGACCUGGAUCCUGGCUGCUCUAGUGGUACCAAGGUGUCCUAAGAUGUCUGUUCAGCCUGUUCAUCCCUCUCUGUUCUCUUUACAUACCCAGAUGCAAGCACACGUGCACACAGGUCUCUAUGCAUGGGUAUCCCAGAUGCCUAGACAACCAAACCAUCAACAGGCAUCAAGUCUGAGACUGUGCGAGCCUCGCGUCCACUUUUAGGACAUAAGACAAGGUGUCCACAUGUCUGAACACCAUCCUUGAGAAUAACCAGGAGACCACUUGAUUCUGGGAUGAUGCUGAACUGAUUUCAAUACCAUCAGUGGAUUUUUCACUAAAAAUGAUUAGUUAUUUUUAGUUGAGGCUGGUGGUUCACAACUGUAAUCCUAACAGCGAAGAGGCCAACGCAGGACAGUCCAAGCUCAAUGCCAGCUCAGGAAUUGUGCUAUGUCGGCCUCCACUCUAUAGUAAAAACUCUGUCUUAAAACCGACAAUCAACAGAAGUUCAGUUAUUUCCAGUCUUGAUCCCCUGACUUGUCCCAUGUUAUUUUGCUUCUCUCUAUCUACCCAGAAAUGAAUAUUAGAAAAUGAAUAUUUAGUGAUUUCCAGAAUUAACUCAAAUAUUUAGGAAGCUUUCAGCUGUGAUUACUAAAGACAUGCUUAUUUAUUUAUUUUUGGUGGCCCCUUAGUAUUAGAUGCCAGUUUAAAUCACAUCUCAGCUGUUGUUGGCAAGGGCUAUUCCUGAAGGUCCCAAAGAGACACUCAUUGGAGUCACUCAUUGGAAGAAUAAGGGUUUUGUGGUAGUAUUAGGUUUCUGUAAAAUGCCAUUUCUUCCAGCAUCACUUUUUUGCUUAUUACUAAAACAAGAUGUCAAUGUGCACCCUUAGAGAGAUGCUGAAGGUUGGGGCAGAUGAAUUGGUAGAUUCUGAAUGUAUUUAGUAAUAUCCAAGUAUGACGGGGCUUAUUUAACUGAGACUCUUAGUGAAAUCUAAUCAUUUCGGUUGUCUGAUGUUUUGAGCAGACAUUUAAAAUGUUUUUGCUGUUCCAAACUUGUCUUUUAUUUUUCUAAGGAUCAAUAUAAGGUAUAGACAAUGGAAGCUUAUUUCAAAAAUCCUGGUCAUACCAAACAACCACCAAAAAUUCCUCUAUAGAGAGUAUUUGAAUCCUGAGUACCCUGCAACCCCACAGCAUACCCUGCUAAGUUUAAAACAAUUAAUGAUGUGCAUGUAAAAAGUGUACAAAUAUAUCUUUUUAUUAAAAUGAUAUUUAAGCUUUAAAAUCUAUAUUUCAUCAGCAUAUACUUGCUAUGUGCAGAUUUGUAUAUGUAUUGUAAAGAGAAGCUGAGGUAAGAAGACGUAAUUCACUUGUGUUUAGCUCUUUUUUUUGUUUCUGCAUUGUAAUUUAAUAAUCUUCAAACAAAAUGUUUUAUGAAAAAAAAUGCCAAAGACUCUAAACUUUGUCAUCUCCUGUCUGUUUUACUUCGUAUUCUUCUUCCUGAUUUCUCUGUGACAGAGCCCGAUUUCUGCAUGAUUUGAUUUACUUCAAGUUAAUGAGGCUGGCUGGGAAAGAGCCUUGACGAGAUUCUAAAAGCCCCAGUAAAUCUGUUAGUUGUACAUACAAUAGAUACCCGAGAACUUCUUUGUCUAACCAGUUACUCAAUCUUCUGUGUAAACAAUACCUCAUUGUCUUAUUCCUGUCAUCCAGUUUAUCAUAGUCUGUCAUUUAGUAAUGACCCAAGGCAGACAUCUAUAAGCCAUCAUGUGAGAUAAGAGCAGCCAUUGGAAUGGAAACUUUGGAGAGCCAAAUAAUCCCUUAUUUAUUUAAAUGUAGGACCCAUCCUUCAUAGCUGUUCUUUUCCUUUAGAAUUUCUAAAUGAAAUAAUUUUCCCAACAGGAAGGUAUUAUUAGUGCGACUUCUUUCCCCCAUAUCCCCGAUAGAACUCACAGCAUUAAAUUCAGGUCACAAAUGCCAACUGGUAUUUGAGAGCAAGUUGGGGCCAACUUUUUCUAUACUCUACUGAAGACAAUUGAGAAUUUAUGAAAUCAACAUUGCAUGUGAGAAAAUGAGUAUUCGUUGGAAGUGAAAUGUUAAGAUUCAUACAAUUAUUUGUAGUUGCACAGGUCUCAUCCUUAUAUGCUUUGUCUUAGCCCAGGAUGUCAGAGAGUGACAAAUCGUAUAAUCUAAUACUUUAUUCCAUCUUGACGAAGCACCUGUCAUGGUGCUGUAGGCAGAAUUAUUCUCCUUGUAUUCAUGGGACCAAAGCUAGCAUGAAUUUCUUUUUUUUCCUUCUUCCACUGUUUGAUAUAAGAAAGAAAGAUUUGUUCUAACCCCAAAAUGUAUGAACUUCUGCAAGACUUUUCUCCUUUCUGAGAAUUAUCACAAUUGAUACUUAUAGAAAGAAGUCCUUUGGCAUGUCCAAAUUUGCCAGCUAAUUUGACAGUUUGUAUGUUUUGAGACAAGCACUGAGUAACAUGCAUGUUACUAAAUCACCACAGUCAUAAAUCUGAUAGCUUGUGGCCACUCUAUAAAGACAAAAGAUCCAAAGGAAAGCUAAAUUCUCACACCACUACAGUCCAGCCACAAGAGUUUGAAGCCUUGUUUCUUAGUGACCCAAGAUCUCUCAUACAAACAUCUGGAGCCUAACUCAUAAACUCUCACAGCACUUUACACGAAAGGCCAGUCUUUAAAGCAUGAGUUGUGUUAUAUGUUAAAGCUUGCUGUUUAGCAAGGUAUCGGGAAAUUCACCUAUCCCUUCAGACAUGGACCAACCCGGGAGUCCCACAAUGAAAGAAUGGAGUCAUUUCUCCUUUUCCUGCAAUAAAAUAACUCCACCUGCUUCUGUGAGUGACAUGAUUCCCUCUCUCUAGAAACUCACUGUUUCAUUGGAGUGUGUUUCAAUAAAUUAUAUAUUUAUGUCUUGGUAAAUUAUUUUAUCAGUACAUAACUCUCUUUCCUAUAUUGGAUUACAUUGGCAACUACUAUGUGACUAACAGGCAAGUAGCAUAUGCAAUGUGAAUACUUUGAAUGAAGACUGACUCACAUUCAAGACAAGGUGGGCUACAAGAUGCACGAUGCAGAUCCAUUAUUCAGAGCAUAUGGUAUCCACUUAAUGAUUUUGUUGAAAUUAGUAGAUGACAUAUUCAUACUACUCAACCUAAAGAUAAUUAAUUGGGAAUGUUAAAGCUUUGUAAAGUGUUCACAGUUCCCUUCUUUGUCCCACACUCACUUUUAGAGCACUGCCAAAGUCUUAUCUUAAAGGCUUGUCUUCUGAACUGGGGCCAGGGAUCUCUUGGAUAUCUUUGAUUUUGGUCUUUGUGUUUUUCCCUCAUCUACAAACCUAUGUAAUCCAGUCAGUCAGGGCUGGAUAUAGUAUUGCUUCUCCUGGUAGCCAUACUGCGUAAUAUUCCAUAUGUCAUGGGAAUGAGGGGAAUCUCAUUGAGCUGGGUUAGUCUUCAUAUUAGCUCUUCCACUUUUGAUGACUUUCCCUAAAUGUCUAAGUAGAUGCUAUUCUCCUUCAAGUUUGAAGUUCUCCUGCUCUGAUGGUGUCACCUUUGACUUUGUGCUAUCUGAGUUUCCACCUCCUGAUACAGCAUAAGAUGGGGAAGGCCUCAGUGAAUUGGUGAGUGCUAACCCAUGUGUCUCGGUGAACCACUACUGUCAUCAUGAAGUCACUUUAUCCUUCUAGCUACCUUCCAAAUCCCCUACCUUCAAACAAUGUGUCAUAGCCAAUGAUUUGAGAUCAAAGUUUGAGGAAAUGAAUUCUAACAGAUACACCAAAACAUCAAAAAUCAUCUGUAUAUCUACUGAAGGUCAGAGCUUCCAGAGGCCUUGGCCCCACUCUUCUCUACUAGACAUACCAGUCUAUAAGCCACUCAGAAAUACAUGCCUAACAGCACAAUCAUGGGCCAUUUAUUUCUGAGUCUUUUUAUAUGUUGCUUCUUUUUUUAAAGAAAAAAGAGAAAGGAAUAACCCAGAAAGAUCAAUGGUGCCCAUCCUGGACAGUGAGUGAUUGCAUGAAGUAGAGUGCUUAUUUUGUGUGAUAGAUAUGACUUCUGGAUAUGUCAAUGACCAACUAUUCAAUUAUGCAAUGUCUUGUAUUUGGAGAAAUUCUUACAUGGCAAUAGAAAAUACAGUGUUUGUGAAUUGUAAAA